AGGUAUCAUGUCAUCAGGAAAAGCUCAGAUUGGGAAACCGGCCCCUGAUUUCCAGGCUACCGCUGUUGUGAACGGGGAAUUUAAAGAGGUCAAGCUAUCCGAUUACCGAGGCAAGUAUGUAGUCUUGUUCUUCUAUCCCCUGGACUUCACCUUCGUCUGCCCCACCGAGAUCACGGCAUUCAGCGAUCAUGUUGAAGAUUUCCGCAAGAUAAACUGUGAGGUCGUCGGUGCCUCGGUGGACUCUCACUUCUCGCACCUGGCAUGGACAAAUGUUGCCCGCAAGCAGGGCGGUUUGGGACCCAUGAAUAUCCCUCUGCUGUCUGACCUGAAGCAUUCGAUUUCCAGGGACUAUGGGGUCCUGAAGGAAGAGGAUGGUGUUUCGUUUAGGGGCCUCUUUAUCAUCGACAACAAGGGUAUCCUUCGUCAGAUUACGAUAAAUGACCUCCCCGUGGGCCGCUCUGUAGAGGAGACACUUCGGCUGGUGCAGGCCUUCCAGUUCACGGACACGCAUGGAGAAGUGUGCCCGGCGGGAUGGAAACCAGGUAGCAGCACCAUCAAACCCAACGUGAAGGACAGCAAAGAGUAUUUCUCGAAGGAGCACUGACCGCCGAGUAUCUGAGUGCAUGUAUGACGUGAAGAGCCCUCUCACCAGAGGAACCCCUCAAAUGUGAACAAAUGAGUUAUAUUACUUUUCACGCCGACUCUCCAAAUCUGCCAUCAAACGGUGCUAGCAUCUUAAAUAAAAGUGAUAAACCUUAAA